GGGAAAACGUCUUGUUCUGCUCCCGUUUACUAUAAAGUUCGCCGGUCCAGCUGUUCUCGCAUUAGUUAAUUUUUUCUAAGAUGCCUGAACCUAAGCCAUUUGAGCGCCUUCCGGGCAAUGUGAAGCCGUUGCACUAUGCCGUCACUCUCCAGCCCAACCUUGUCAAAUGUGUCUUUACUGGUUCCGAAGAGGUUGACAUUGAGGUCAAAGAAGCCACCAAACAGAUCAAGCUCAACUCCCUGGACCUGACCCUCAGAGAUGUCAAGGUCACCCUCGCUGGCGGGGACACGGUGCUCCCCGCCGCCACCGAGAUCUCGACUCCCAACGAGAUGGUCACGCUCACCUUCGACUCUGACUCUGACUCUGACUCCUCUGACUCUGACUCUGACUCGGCCUUCAACGGGGAACUCAACGACAAGAUGAAGGGGCUCUACCGCAGCAAAUACACAUCGGUGAACGGCGAGGAAAGGUAUUCAGCCGUCACUCAGUUUGAGGCCACAGAUGCACGACGCUGCUUUCCAUGCUGGGAUGAGCCUGCAUUGAAAGCUACCUUUGACAUUACGCUAGUCGUGCCAAGCGACCGAGUGCCUCUCUCUAACAUGCCUGAGAUCUCGAGAGAACAGCACGACUCUGAUCCCUCCUUACAAAUUGUCAAGUUUGCCACGUCUCCGCUCAUGUCCACGUACCUGGUUGCCGUCGUGGUUGGGGAGUACGACUUCGUGGAGGAUACCUCGACCGAUGGGAUAAAAGUACGAGUUUAUACUCCUGUUGGCAAGAAAGAGCAAGGGAAAUUUGCCCUGGAGGUCGCGACAAAGGUUUUGCCGUACUACAAGGACUAUUUCAAUAUUGCUUAUCCAUUGCCCAAAAUGGAUCUCAUUGCUAUUGCUGACUUCUCUGUAGGUGCCAUGGAAAACUGGGGGCUAGUAACUUACCGUGAAACGUGCUUGUUGGUGGAUCCAGAUAACACAAGUGCUAGUCAGCGACAGUGGAUUGCUCUUGUUGUGGGCCACGAGCUUGCUCAUCAGUGGUUCGGUAACCUUGUCACUAUGGAAUGGUGGACUCACCUCUGGCUGAAUGAAGGCUAUGCCACAUUUGUUGAGUUCCUGUGCGUCGACCAUCUGUUCCCGGAAUAUGACAUCUGGACACAGUUCGUCACCAACACAUACAUCCGAGCCUUGGAACUAGACUGCCUCAAGAACUCGCACCCGAUUGAAGUGCCGGUCGGCCAUCCCUCAGAGGUGGACGAGAUCUUCGAUGAUAUUUCCUACUCCAAAGGGGCAUCUGUGAUUCGCAUGUUGCACUGCUAUUUAGGGGACAAGGAUUUCCGCGCGGGAAUGAACAAGUACCUGACACGCCACCAGUACAACAACACUUACACCGAAGACUUGUGGGCAGCACUGAAGGAAGCCUCGAACAAGCCCGUGGGUGAAGUGAUGAGCUCUUGGACCAAACAGACCGGUUUCCCCAUGAUCUCUGUGACAUCGCAUCAGGAUGGAGACAACAAGGUGCUGACACUAACCCAACAGAGAUUCCUGGCUGAUGGUUCUACAGGGGACAGCAGUCAGUGGAUGGUGCCAAUCAGUAUUUCGACUGAAAAGAAACCCUCCGAAACAGUCAAGGAGGUCCUCCUGGAUUGCAAGUCGACGCAGGUGGUUCUUGAGGGCAUCUCUGCUGACACGUGGGUGAAGCUCAACCCUGGCACAGUAGGAUAUUACAGGACUCAGUAUCCUCCCGACAUGCUUGACCUGCUGAUGCCUGCCAUGAAGUCCAAGUGCUUGCCGCCUCUCGACCGGUUAGGAGUGUUGGACGAUCUCUUCUCCAUGGUCCAAGCGGGCCACACGAACACGGUGGAGGUGCUGAAACUCCUGAAGGCGUUCGAGGACGAGACGGACUACACGGUGUGGUCGGCGGUGCACAACUGCGUGGCGCGGCUCAGCCAGCUGAUCUCGCACACCGACUUCCACCCGUCCUUCGCCGCCUUCGUCAGGAAGCUCCUCGUCAAGAUCGGCCAGAAGCUCGGCUGGGAGGCCAAGCCGGGGGAGA